AUGACGGAAUCUGAGCGCAUCACUGUGAUGGAUGUCCACAUCACCUUCAAUGACACCAAACACAACGCCGAGCACACCAAGGCUCUUGCACCAGAGGAACCCACAGAUGACGCUAGCCUGAGCCACCUUCCGUUCUACGAAGUUGAUGGUUAUGGCGAUGACUAUGAUCCUGACAACAAGCCAUGUGCAGACCACGAGCAAGACUGUCCAGUCGAGCAGUCUGGAGCGGUCGAAUUGGGAUGCGCCGAGGAUCAUACCGACUAUCACUUUCUCUCCUCAACUAUCCACCGCUCCAACAUCAACAACGCGCCUGUUGCUGCCGACCUGUACGACGACCUUGCACAUACCCUGGACUUAGAGUCGAUUCCCGUGCUUGACGACCGUUUCCGCAACAAGAACGCUCGCAGCAAGCUCGUUGCGCGCUACAUCAAACUGACCUUGGCCAAAUUUGUCGUCGUCCGUGAUGUGAAGGAGACUGAGACCGAACUGUCCAAGCUCAUGAUGGCCAUGCAGACUCUGGAAAUCGACAAGGGGAAUGUCACGAUCACCGAAGCAGAUGGGCCUGCUCAGAAGGUUAUCAAAACUACUCGUGCCAUACGAAAGUUGUAUCCAAACGUGGACAGAGCAGCCAAGCGUAAUUUGAAGCCGCUCAGCUGGAAUUCUGGCGCACGGGUUCCAGAAGUGUACAAUCAAAACAAGGAAGCUGACCUUUGCGGUACCUGGUAUGCCAUUGUGUCAGACAGACACUAUCGAAACAACAAGCUUCUGAUUCCUUCCUGCCUCUACGAGACUCGAGUCCUCCUCAUCACACACCUACACCUACUCGGCGGCACUCCUGCGCAUUACACGGUCAUGAAGAAGCUCAAUUACACAUCAUACCAGCAAUUCAUCGACCUGCUUCCCGAUCUUCUCAGCUACUCCAGAUGCGAACAAGCAGUCCGUCUCGGAUACUCGACUUCAAAUCCCACAGUUGGUCCAUGGAAAUACCAGUUUGCACCAAGCUUGGACGCUCUUGACCCCGAGUGUUGGACAGAAUUGUGUGAAGAAAAUUACGAGCAGAUGAAAGGUCGUCCCAAGCACGUGGUCUUCUCGAUUCGUGCUGCCGACCAAAAUAUACCAUUGGCAAUUGCAGCAAAGGUUCAGAGCCGACCCACAGACUGGAACAUAGGGGCCGGUUCAAUGGCCCCGGUUCCUGUAUCCAACUUGCCCCCUCCCUGCUUCCUCCCUAGCCCUCUGAGUGGCGCUGCCAUGGCCCUUGUGUCUCCAGUUCUGGCAUUUGUCCUCAUCAAGGAGGUCUCGCUUCCUUCUCGUCCCGCGAAGAAGCGCAGCAACAUGGACGACGGACAGCAAGAAAGCAAGAAAGCCAAGAUCGAUGAGUGA